GUUACGCUGUAUUGCAAGUAGCCUAGUGUCUAAACGUUUCCCCGAAGCCCCGUCUCUUAAUUAGCCUACUAUUUAAUUACAUUUCAAACCAAAAUGUUAGGCGUAACUGGCAGUAGUAGGCUAUAUGAUCUGUGUCAGUUUGGUGAUCCAUGAUCUUUUAUUCUGACUGAGUGACUUGGGCAAAUCUGCCCAUGGAGUGCAACCAGUAUGAGAUAUAGGUACUCUCCUCCGCAAAUAUUAAGAAGUCAAAUGUGCCAGACAUAUUCUGUCAGAAGUGCAUGGACUGUCGACAUGACCGAAGAUUUGAACAAAAGAAAGACACCUGAGGAUAGUUCCUGGGUUUAAGACUGUAUCCUUUUGCCCCUUGACAACGACAAAACAAUUCUGUUUUUGUUUUGAAAGGGCUCUUUGUGUAAUUUGAGCUAUGCACUAAAUCACAUAAGCAAAUCUGUGGCUUUUUGUGUGUGUGUCCCCCAAAGGGUGCAUUCAGAUUUAGAAAUAUAAGUUGUCACUUGUUGCGACAGAGGAAGGCUGGUGCUUUUCUUUCUUUCUUUUUAUGUUUGUUGAGUUAUACGUCAACUGUACUCUUUUACAAAAUGUUCUAACCUAUACGUAUACUGUAUAUGCAUUUCUCCUGAGCUCUUUCUGUAAAUAUAUGUGUGUGUAAAUCAAACAGGGAAAAAGAGCUUUUAAUGUGGGUGCUAUUGAUCUUGGACUGAAAAUACUUUUUCCAUCUCUCACAGUCAUGUCAAUGAAACACACCUUACACGCAUGAAUCACUUCUGAUUGCGUCGAUUACUUAGCACAUACAGAGAACAACACCAACACAGAGAGCAACACCUUCAGAAGCUCUGGCAACAAAUAGCAAGGAAUUUGGAUGCUGCUACUGAUCCUACCACGCCAUGGAAAAUAACUUUCGAUCAACAGGAGUGCCCCCUGGCCUGGAGUACCUAACACAGAUCGAUCAAAUCUUGAUCCAUCAGAAAAUGGAACUGCUUGAGGCCAUCACUUCCUUUGAGACUAAAAACCGGUACGUAAUCAAGAACAGUUUGGGGCAGGAAAUCUACACGGCCAAGGAGGAUAGUGACUGCUGCACCCGGAACUGCUGUGGUCCCAACCGCAUGUUUGAGAUGAAGAUCAAAGACCACAGUGGCCAGGAGGUCAUGCACCUGGUCAAGCCCUUCCGCUGCACCUCCUGCUUCUGGCCCUGCUGCCUGCAAGAGAUGGAGGUCCAAUCCCCUCCUAGCACCACCAUAGGUUAUGUGGUUCAGAACUGGCAUCCCUUCAAGCCAAAACUGUCCAUCCUAGGAGCUGCCAAAGAGACUCUCCUGACGAUUGAAGGUCCUUUCUGUGCCUGUAGCUGCUGUGGAGAUGUUGAUUUUGAGGUGAUGGGUAAGGACAGCGACCAGCCCAUUGGGAGAAUAAGUAAGCAGUGGAGUGGGCUGAUAAAGGAGGCCUUCACUGACUCAGACAACUUUGGGAUCCAGUUCCCCAUGGACCUGGAUGUCAAGAUGAAGGCUGUGCUGAUGGGGGCCUGCAUCCUUAUUGAUUUCAUGUUCUUUGAAAGCAGUGGUGACGGUGAUCAACGAUGUUCUGUAUUUGGAUAAGAGAGAGUUUUUGAUCAUGUACAAAUUACAUGGUACUAUAGUUGAUAAUGACAUGGCUAUUGGAUGCAUAUGAAUCACAUAACAUGACAUUUAAGACAAAACAAAUAUGUGUUCUUUAUUAAUUCAAUAUAUUAAUCUGUAUUUUGGUUGUCUGAAUACAAUUAUUCAAACAUUUGUAACACUGUGCUUUUUCUUUUGAAAAUAUUGAAAUGUCAUGUAAUAAUAUUGGGUAUCUCAUGUAAAGGAUGAAGGACAUUCUCAAAUAUAGCUGCGAGCAGCAAUGAAUGGGGUUCACUGGAUGACAGAAAGGACACAAGAUCAGUUGAAUAACAAAGCAAGCACUCUAUCAUGUAUGAAUUAUCAUUUAUGUGCAAUCAGUAAAACCAUUACCAUGUUUAUCUCUCAAUACCACAGGGAUGAUAACAUAAUAAAAAUAUUUUACAUUUGUAAAAA